AUGCCGCAGCUGAAGACGACGGCGAUAUCCUCAUUACACCUGCACGGCGGCGGCGGCGGCGGCGGUUGCGACGGAGUCCUCCCCUCGACGCCGGGCAAGUUCAAGAUGGACAAGACUCCAUUCCACCACCACUACAACCACAACAACCGCCUUCUCCUCCGAUACCCUCUGCCCAAGUUCGUCGUCCUCUCCCUCUUCCUCGUCGUCGGCCUCUUCCUCUUCUUCCACUUCUCCCCCGUCUCCCCCUCCUAUUCCUCCUCCGCCGCCCGGAUUGACCGCCGCUCCCUGCGCACCGCCUCCUGGGGCGGCGCCGCCUGGGAGAAGCGCGUCCGCUCCUCCGCCCGCAUCCGUCAAUCCUCCCGUUCCGGCCGCCGCGGCAUCUCAGUGCUCGUGACCGGCGCCGCCGGCUUCGUCGGCUCCCACGUCGCCGGAGCCCUCAAGCGCCGCGGCGACGGCGUCCUCGGGCUCGACAACUUCAACGACUACUACGAGCCUUCCCUCAAGCGGGCUCGCCAGCUGCAACUGGAGAACGCCGGCGUCUUCGUCGUCGAGGGGGACAUCAACGAUGGUGCCCUCCUCCGCAAGCUCUUCGACGUCGUCCCCUUCACCCACGUAAUGCACCUCGCCGCUCAGGCCGGCGUCCGCUACGCCAUGCGGAACCCGUCCUCCUACGUCCACUCCAACGUCGCCGGCCUCGUCUCGGUGCUCGAGGCGGCCAAGUCCGCCGCCCCCCAGCCCGCCGUCGUCUGGGCCUCCUCCUCCUCCGUCUACGGCCUCAAUUCCAAGGUCCCCUUUUCAGAAUCUGACCGCACGGACCGACCCGCCAGCCUCUACGCCGCCACCAAGAAGGCCGGCGAGGAGAUCGCCCACGUCUACAAUCACAUCUACGGCCUCUCCAUCACCGGGCUCCGCUUCUUCACUGUGUACGGCCCCUGGGGCCGCCCGGACAUGGCCUACUUCUUCUUCACCAAGGACAUCCUCCGCGGGAAAUCCAUCUCCAUCUUCGAGGGCCCUGACCACGCCACCGUCGCGAGGGACUUCACCUUCAUCGACGACAUCGUUGAUGGGUGCAUAGCGGCGCUCGACACCGCCGGGAAGAGCACCGGCACCGGCGGCAAGAAGCGGGGGCCCGCCCAGCUCCGCGUCUUCAACCUCGGCAACACCUCUCCGGUCCCCGUCUCUGAGCUCGUCCGCAUCCUCGAGAAGCUGCUGAAGAAGAAGGCCGUGAAGAAGAUCGUCAAGAUGCCGCGGAACGGCGAUGUACCGUUCACCCACGCCAAUGUCAGCCUCGCCCAGAGAGAGCUCGGCUACCGCCCCGCCACUGACCUGCAAACCGGCCUCAAGCGAUUCGUGAAGUGGUAUCUCGAGUAUUAUUCCCCCGGCGUCAAGAAGAUCGGCAGCAUCUGA